UUUCCCAUCUCCUCAAGAUCAGGGCAAAGGAGGAAAACACCUAAUUCUGCUUGCUGUUUCAGAGCGGCUAUGAGCAUGAAAUUGAACACCUACAACAUGCAGUUGCUUCUUCUUGUUUUCUUGAUGUGGGACCCAGCCAGGUUGGUGCUGGCUAACAUCCAAGAAGAUGAGGCUAAAAAUAACAUUACCAUCUUUACAAGAAUUCUAGACAGACUUCUGGAUGGUUACGAUAAUCGACUUAGACCAGGACUGGGAGACAGCAUCACUGAAGUCUUCACAAAUAUCUACGUGACCAGUUUUGGCCCUGUCUCAGAUACAGAUAUGGAAUAUACAAUAGAUGUUUUCUUUCGACAAAAAUGGAAAGAUGAACGAUUAAAAUUUAAAGGUCCUAUGAACAUCCUUCGACUUAACAAUUUAAUGGCUAGCAAAAUCUGGACUCCAGAUACCUUCUUUCACAAUGGGAAGAAAUCGGUAGCUCAUAAUAUGACAAUGCCAAAUAAGCUUCUUCGAAUCCAGGAUGAUGGGACUCUACUGUACACAAUGAGGCUUACAGUUCAAGCUGAAUGUCCCAUGCACUUGGAGGAUUUUCCAAUGGAUGCUCAUUCAUGUCCUCUGAAAUUUGGAAGCUAUGCAUAUACAACCUCAGAGGUCACUUAUAUUUGGACUUACAAUGCAUCUGAUUCAGUGCAAGUUGCUCCCGAUGGCUCUAGAUUAAAUCAAUAUGAUCUGCUGGGCCAAUCCAUUGGGAAGGAGACAAUUAAAUCCAGUACAGGUGAAUAUACUGUAAUGACAGCUCAUUUCCACUUGAAAAGAAAAAUUGGGUAUUUUGUGAUUCAGACCUAUCUGCCUUGCAUCAUGACUGUCAUUCUCUCCCAAGUGUCAUUCUGGCUUAACAGAGAAUCUGUGCCUGCAAGAACGGUGUUUGGAGUAACAACCGUUCUAACAAUGACAACUCUAAGCAUCAGUGCUCGGAAUUCUCUCCCCAAAGUGGCUUAUGCAACUGCCAUGGACUGGUUUAUUGCUGUUUGUUAUGCAUUUGUGUUCUCUGCCCUAAUUGAAUUUGCAACCGUUAAUUACUUCACCAAAAGAGGAUGGGCUUGGGAUGGGAAGAGUGUAGUAAAUGACAAGUCCCCUUCAAUAAAAGCUGAAGGCAUUACAUUAACAUACAACUCAGUGAAGGCACUUCUUCAAGGAGCUAAGCUAAUACGGUUCAAGUGUAUAGCUUUCUCAUGGCCCAAUUUAAUCCAAGAAAAGACUUUAGAGUACUUAGAGAAGUGGAUGGACUGUAUAAGCUUCAAACAAUCAUCUAAAAAAGAAAAAACUUCUGUCAUGAUACAGAACAAUGCGUAUGCGGUGGCUGUUGCCAACUAUGCCCCGAAUCUUUCCAAGGACCCAGUUCUCUCCACCAUCUCCAAGAGUGCAACCACGCCAGAACCUAACAAGAAGCCAGAAAACAAGCCAGCGGAAGCCAAGAAAACCUUCAACAGUGUUAGCAAAAUUGACAGAAUGUCUAGAAUAGUUUUCCCCGUUUUGUUUGGUACAUUUAACUUAGUUUACUGGGCUACGUAUUUAAACAGAGAACCUGUAUUAGGGGUCAGUCCUUGAAUCUAGGCACAGGUUAUCUUUUGGAUGUAUAGCAGCGUUAAACUUGAUUUGUUUUGCUAUGUACAGUCUGACUAAUAACUGCUAAUUUGUGAACCAACAUGUACAGUAUGUAUAUAGCGAUGUAGCUUACCAGUAGACCUCUAAUGGAGACAGGCAUUUGCUAACUCUUGGAACUACAAGCAAGAAAGCACCCCAUGCCCAAAGAACCAUUGCCUUUUUUGAAGAUUUACCCUAGGAACUGGUUUAAAGUGGAA